AUGGUCGCUUUCAUCAAAAAUAUUACAAGCGAUAUUGAAGAACUUGAUGAACCUUCCUUGUACUCAUCAAUAUUGGACAAUAAAUCUAAACCUUUUCGAAAAUUUGUAUUAAGUACUCGUAAUUCAUAUAUUUCUAUUGGACUUCCAUCACUUUCAGAUUGUCUAGAAAUAUUAUGUAAUUCAUCAGAUCUUGAAGAAUUAACAUUAAAUUUCCACUUGCACAAGUACAAUGGCCAAAACCUUCCUCAUCAAAAUCAUCAAAUAGCAUUAGCACAUAGACAAAAUCGAGCGAUGUCUCAGACACUUCAAGGAUCAAUACAAAAUCCAUUUCUUAUAAAUAGUUCAAGACCUAUACCGAUACAACAUCAGGAGAAUCGCCAAUCGAACACAUUUGUUACACAACCGCCACGUCAGAUCCUUUUUACAAAUUCAGGGCCUACAAAACUUGAUUUGUGUCAUUAA